AUGUUAACAAAAGCAAAGAGUAUUGCUAAAGGAAAAGCAAAGGUUGAUAAACUAAAAUCAGAAAUACCUAUAUGUGCGGUGUAUGGUAUCCCGUGUGAAUGUGGUGCAUGGUAUGUGGGAGAAACAGGAGACCAUAUGACCCGUUUAAAUCAACAUCAAACUCUCGUUGAUACAGCAUUAGUAGAUCCAGAUAAAACUAAGUCAUCUGAAUUGGCUCAACAUAGCAUCUCUAGUGACAAUUGCAACAUUCGGUUUGAAUCGUCCGUCACCUAUGACGAAGAACGAAAGAAAUAUAGAAGCAAGAGGCUAGAAUCAGUUUAUACAUUGGCUAAUAACGGGUAUAAUAACAAACAGACAAUAUGCACUCAAUGGUUGCCCACAAUUAAAUCAUGGAUUAAGAAAAAUUCGGGAACAGAUUUUGUCAGAUCAGAGCCACUGAUGUCCGACGGAGCUAUAGCUCAUAAUCUUAGACCUAGGAAAGGUGGACAAGUGAUCAAAAAAUGA